GGAGACACUGCGCGUGCGCACUGGGAAGACGGUGGCUCGGAGGCGACGCUCGCAGGCUCCUCCGGUCUGCCCCGGGCAGCAUGAAGACCGCCGAGAACUCCAGAGGAACCGGCAGCGACGGGCCGCUGAAACGAGGCCUCUGCGUCCUCUGCGGCCUCCCCGCGGCAGGAAAAUCGACUUUCGCGCGCGCCCUCGCCCACAGGCUGCGGCAGGAGCAGGGCUGGGCCGUCGGCGUCGUCGCGUAUGAUGACGUCAUGCCAGACGCGUUUCUCGCCGGGGCAAGCGCUCUCCCGGCGCCAUCCCAAUGGAAAUUGCUUCGACAGGAACUGUUGAAGUACCUGGAAUACUUCUUGAUGGCUGUGAUUAAUGGGUGUCAGAUGUCUGCCCCACCCAACAGGACUGAAGCCAUGUGGGAAGAUUUUAUAACCUGCUUAAAGGAUCAAGAUCUGAUACUUAAUGCAGCAUUUGAGGCCCAGUCUUGCUACCUCUUAACAAAAACUGCUGUUUCUAGACCUUUAUUUUUGGUUUUGGAUGACAAUUUUUAUUAUCAAAGUAUGAGAUAUGAAGUCUACCAACUGGCUCGGAAAUAUUCAUUGGGCUUUUGCCAGCUCUUUUUAGAUUGUCCUCUUGAGACCUGUUUACAGAGGAAUGGCCAGAGGCCACGAGCACUGCCUGCUGAGACCAUCCGCCUGAUGGGAAGAAAGCUGGAAAAGCCCAACCCUGAGAAAAAUGCCUGGGAACACAACAGCCUCACACUGCAGAGUCCAGUGUGUGCCUCAGGGGCCAGCCUGGAGGUGACUGAUUUAUUGCUCACUGCUUUGGAAAAUCCAGUAAAAUAUGCUGAGGACAAUCUGGAACAAAAGGACACAGACAGAAUUAUUUGUUCAACAAACAUUCUUCAUACAGCUGAUGUGACACUCCGAAGAAUUGUAUCUCAGACAAUGAAGGAAGCAAAAGGUAUGAUGUGUCAGUUAUGUGGUAAUCAGGAAGGCUUCUCAGAGAUGACAUUUAAGCAAAGAUGUAAAAGAAGAGAAAGAACAAACCGUCCAGGUAUCUGGAGGACCAUUCUAGGCAAUGAACACAUCAAGUGCAGAAGCCCAGAAGCUGGUUGUUUGGAAUGUUACAGAAUCAGAGAGAGGCCAUUGAGCAUGGCGUGAAGUAAGAAAGGGGGAGAGGUAGUCAGGGGCCAGGUGUCAGAUCAGCAUGGAAUUUGAAUAAAAUCAAUGUAUUUUAAAUCUGAAUUUAUAUAAUAGAUGAACUAUGUGGUAACUAUAGUUUUAUGCAAUAAUUCCAUUAGGUUUUGAAUACUGUAUUGUUAUAUUUAAAAUUGUAUCUUUAAAAGCCAGCAACUAGCAUUUUUUGAACACCUUUGUAUACGUUAAGUGCCUUACAAAUAUUGUUUGUAAUCUUCACAGUCCUAUAAGGUACAUGUAAUUGUACAAAUGGGGAAAGGGAGGUUCACAGAGGACCAAGUAACUUGUCCCAAGACUGAACAGCUACUACAUAUUUGGGUAACCUGGGGUCCAGAAUUACAUCCAGUUCCACUCUGAGCCUCCCAUUCUGCUGCCCUGUAUCAUCAUCAUUUAUUAUCUUUACAAAACUUAGAACAUGGGAAAAGGAAACAAUAUACUAGCCAUACCAUUUUCAAACUUUUAUAAAACCAUGUUGUACAAGUUGAUUUUGUUGUAACCCAGUGUCUAACCCAGCACACAAACGCAUGUGUGGAAACAAGUUUCACAAAACACCUUCACAUGUUUAAUGAACUCUAUGUUCUAUUUGAUUUCAUUUUAGAAAAACACCAGUUGCCACUUACUAAUGGGUUACAAUACAAAGUUUAAGAAACAGAGGACCGAAACAGAAACUGCAUCAUCAUUAAAAUAAAAACAGAGCCAGGCAUG